AUGUACAUCCUCGUCGUGUGUUACCUCGCGUGGAUAUCACAAGCUUCAGGGGUGAAAAAUAUCACGCACGGAGUAACAAGACACCUUAGAUCUAUUGGGUUUCCGGAAGGCAGCGGCAUGGGGAUAUUCUUCGCCCUCGGAGUACCCAUUGAUAUUCCCGACAAAUCGGUGCUAUUUUCUCUAUACUUCGAAGCGAAUUAUGCUCUGCCAGGGGAAUGGAACUCCACUUACUAUUCGAACGAGCCGUAUCUUAAGAAGCGAAGUCUGGAUCGACGAUUGACGUACGAAAUUCUUAUGAACAAACUGGAAAGCUUUGGUUAUUCUGGUGAAAAUUGUCUACUAAAAAUGAUCUGUGAGGUUGCUAACUAUCCUUUAACUAGUAAUGGGGUGCUUGGCGAAGUGCUGCGAAUUUUAUUUACGCCAUCCUCUUCGCAAAAUGAAAAUCUUCCGAGCGAGAUCACCGAGGCCGAACACGCGAAAGAUUGCAAUUACCGCUAUAAAAAAUGCCCUCAAAGUCCAUUAGCUUUGAUAAGGCGCCAUGAUCUCGACGAUAAUAGUUAGAGAAGCCACGAUAUUAAACGCAAUCUUCAUAGUACACGGUAUAGUUCACGGACAGCAGCCCGAUAAUGGAGUUUCUAAAAAAACACAUAAAGAUUUUUAUACCUCCAUAAAUAACAUUUAUCAUUAUCGAACGAUAAACACAUCUUUUUGUGUAAUAGUAUUGCAAUAUUUAUUGAAUUGAAAAUACAUAUGUUCCUUCUCGUACUCCAUAUUCGCAUGAUUUAUUUUCGCUUCGAGGAAUAUUUCCAAGUUUUUUUUAUAAAUUAGGAGCUUUAAAUCGAAAGUUUCGCAUAGCAUACUACUAUCGCUGCGAGAAUAGUAUAUGCACAUAAAGCGAUUUGUCUAAAUUGACAUCAAAUAUCAACAACAAGAAAAUGAAAUAAGACUACUUAGAAACUAUGGGGAGAAAGAUAUCAUGGAAACUAGUUCGUUCCGAAUUAUCGAAAAAGGACAUUAUACACAUUUCGAAUAAAGCUCGAACUUCGAGUCGAGAAAGUAUCAUUAAGAAUGUAUAGGUCAUGAGCGUUCGCAAUUUGUUUAAAGUAAUUUCAUUACGGCGACGUACAGAGUUUCGUAAAAUUAACAAAAG